CUCCGGUUCAAUUUGUUCGAGUAGAAGAAGCCGUCAGCGGCGGUGGACAGCGAGUCUUUGCACCGUCCUGGUUGAAACUACAGACCGAGAAACAACAACGGACCCUCCGCGACAGGACGGGAGAUGGACAACAGUAAACGGACUGUGGUCGUUACAGGUUUUGGGCCAUUUGGAGAGCAUACCGUCAAUGCCAGCUGGGUAGCAGUACAGGAACUGAAGAAGCUUGGGCUGGGCAGUGAGGUGGACUUACAUGUAUAUGAGGUUCCUGUAGAGUACCAGACAGUCCAGAGUUUGGUUCCUUCAUUAUGGAAGCAGUACCAUCCACAGUUGGUAGUUCAUGUCGGAGUCUCAGGUAUGGCCACCACUGUCACACUGGAGAAGUGUGGCAGAAAUCAUGGCUACAAAGGCCUGGACAACAGCAGCUUCUGUCCUGAUUCGCAGUGCUGCAUUGUGGGAGGCCCGGACUGCAUCAACUCAGUUAUUGACAUGGAAUCAGUCUGCAAAAGAGUGACUGCAUCGGGGCUGGGAGUAACUGUGUCCGUCUCCAAAGAUGCUGGAAGAUAUCUCUGUGACUUCACCUACUACACAUCUCUGUACCUGAGCCACGGUCGCUCCGCCUUCAUUCACGUGCCUCCUCUUGGAAAGCCCUACAGCGGUGAAGACCUGGGCCGUGCGCUGCAGGCCAUCGUCCAGGUGAUGCUGGAGCUUCAGGCUCAGGCUGAGGAGACGAUCCACUGCCAACAGCACUUCCACUAAGUGACCUCCAGAUGCCAACCAGCCUCCCCAGCCUUCGCCACACAAGAGAAAUUGCACUUAACCACAAGUAGCCAAACUUCUUCUUUUAUUUUUUUCAAACCCUUGCCUUUAAUGAAGCUUCUGCAUAUAGUCUGUUUUCUGUGUUUAUGUCUUUAUUUGUGUCUUGUUUUAUUAGGUCUGCUUCAGUUAUGUUUUAAUGUCUCCCAAUGUGGAAAAGAUAAAAUGGGAGUCUGAAGACAACGCUUGCAUUGCAAUUUAAGCUUUUAUCCCACGUCCAAGGAGCACGAAACAUUCUGACUUUGGAGUUUAAAAUAAGUAGGAAAAAAAAGUUGCUGCUUAUUUGUGUUCAUAUGCAGUCGCAGCAGAGAUGCAGAGAGUUUGCAGUGCGGCAGAAUUUACCACCAAAACCCCAAAUGUGACUCCUAUUAUUGCACCUUAUAGGGUUAGGGUUAUUGAAAUGGUUAUAGAAGGCACAUUUGGGCAAAAUGUAGACUCAAAAUAUGUUUUCCUCAAAUUUUAACUUUCAAAUCUCGACCUUUUUUCAGUUACAAUAUGUUUUAAGUUAGCAGGUAUGUACACCUAAAUGUCUAUUAAUGGUCAAUGUACGUAAUACAUUAUAGUUAAGUAGAAAUGUUUAGCAGAAACCAUGUUUGUUAAUUUAGUUUUCCGACAUAUUUAGUUCCAGCUGCUCUAAGGCCCACCUGGGUUGUUUCACAUUUGAUGUUGAAUUGUUUCUUCAGUCCUUUUUCUUUAUAAGAAGUUGUAAAUUUGCCUUCUUUUACAAAGGUUAUUUAAAUCAGGGAACGGGUUGGUUCCAGCUCAUAUUUCCCCAGUUUGUCUUGUCGGCCCAAUUCUGACGGAAAAAUACCAAAUCCACUCGUCUGAGGUCUGGCCGUGGGCUGUGCAAUGUUAUUUUACAGAUCUCAUUCACUGAUUUAGUAGGAGAUUCAUUUUAUACUUUUUUUGUGGCUGCACAACUGUCGGACUGUACAGUUUAACUACAGAAGUGUUCAUACUUCAUAAAAGAAGAUUUUCUUCAGAAAGAGGUGUUUAUGAAACUGUACUAAUCUAAACUGCUUAUCAAUUAAUACUCUUUAUAAAGUACAAAAUGAGAGUCUUCCAAAGUGCACAGUAAUGUUAAAUUAUCCACUGGUCUGGAUUUCUGGAUAGUAAAAUGUAGUGUGAUCAUCUACAUGUAAAGAUGCCUUGUCACUUUACUUUUGUACUGGCAUUCACAAAGAUUUUCUAUCUUAAAUCUUGCAAAAAAAUUGUAAUUCAUGAACAAAUUGUGGUUUCUUUGGUUCAAGGUUGUGCAGCCAUAUUUGUUACUCCAUGAUUAUAGCUUUCUGUUGUUCCCUUCACUGAAUCAGAUAUAGCUGCUUAUUCUAUCCGAGAAUUUGAUUUGAUGAAGUUGGACUCUGAUUUCAGUCAGAAUUGGGCCUUGAAGUUUAUUUCUGUAGCACUUUCUCUGUUUUUGUAUUUCAGUUUUACUUAAUCUGGAAUUUAGACAGCAUUUCUCGAGCAAUGUGAGCUUGUGUUUUAUAAUUUUACUUUCAGUCACUUUAACCUGAAAUAUGUAGCUUUCCAGACAUACACACAUCCAUUUUUAACCUUUUUACUCCAGUGAUUAUAAUGAUGUAUGUGGCGUAUGCUUUAUGUGUGAGUUAUGCUUUCUUUUUCCCCUGAGCUUUGCUUUGUUCUGACCUGUUUAACACACAGCAGCAAAUUCCUUUACUGUGGUGUCACUCCCAGGUGUAAAACCUUUGUUUUAUGGCUUUUUAUUGGAUUGUCUUCUAUAUUACUGUGUAUAUCAGUAUCUCCCUGACUGCAGAUAUAUCAAGACGACCUACAUCCACUAAUGCAGCUUCAGUUUGAUCAGUGCUGGAAGAAAUUGUAGCAUCAAAUGGUCUAUAUACUGCUUCAGAACCCUGUGUACUCCACACAGAACUAUGAAUGGGAAUUUCACAGACAUAGUUUAAAACUAGUACUGUGCAUAAUGUCGCCACAGUUGUUAAGCAAGUUGGUGCUACUGAGUUUAUAGUUGUGUGUGUCAUUUUCAUUGCUGUACUGUACAAAAGGUUUUUUACCACAAAGUAGCAUCCCAGAGCACUGAGCUGAACAGAACUGAACUUCUUCACAGUCCUAAGUUUUGCAAUAGCCUCUGUCAGUUAGCUUAUGUUAUGUGGUUUAAAAAUCUGAUCGAGUUAUUGAACUGCUGGGCGUGUUUUAGUUGUGAUUUGUAGGUGCUGAUAUUUUCCUGUGUGGCUUUGUGAGUGCUGAGAAGUGAAAGGGUUGUGGAGGUGCUGCCGCAGAAUUUCUGCUCACACAAGCCUCAAGUUUACACUCGAGGUGACCUCUGACUCCGACUCUCUCCUGUGCCUUGCUGUUGUUUAUGUGUGCUAUUAAAAGGCCUUACGAAUUCUCAGUGGGUCAGUUCAGAGGUUCAUUACUGAUGCUGUCCAGUCCCAUUUUUGGCUACCUCAAAAAUACUUUUUUUUUUUUUUUUUAAAUAUAUCUCACUGUGUGCUCUGUUGUACACUAACAUUGUGGCUCUGUGAUUUAUUGUGAGUUCCUGUGUUUAGGAAGAAUUCUCUGACAGGUAUUUUCUGCUUCAUCAACAAAGUUACAGUUCGUAUUCUCAGCUUUGUGAAAGGAAAGGCUUUGAAAUAAAGAAUUAAAGGAUUACAAGUAA